AUGCGUGCUUCGCUUGUGAACCAGCUGCGUGUACUUGUGCCCGUGAAGCGCACGAUUGACUAUGCCGUCAAGAUCCGUGUGGCUUCCGACGGAAAGGGUGUGGACACCAACGUCCAGCACUCGAUGAACCCCUUCGACGAGAUUGCCGUGGAGGAGGCUGUGCGUCUGCGUGAGCGCAACAAGGAGGCCGUGAAGCGUAUCACGGUCGUCUCGGCGGGCCCGACCAAGUCGCAGGAUGUCUUGCGUACGGCGCUGGCUAUGGGUGCGGACGACGCCAUCCACGUGGAUGUGCCGAACGCGAUUGAGCCGCUCGCUGUGAGCAAGAUUCUUCGUGCGAUUGUCGAAAAGGAGUCCGGCGAGGAUGAGAUCGGCAUGGUCAUCCUUGGUAAGCAGGCCAUUGACGACGAUGCCAGCCAGACUGGUCAGAUGCUGGCUGGUCUGCUGAACUGGCCGCAGGCUACGUUCGCCUCGAAGGUCGAGCUGGAAGGCAAGGGCGACAAGGGUGACAAGGUGAAGGUUACUCGUGAGGUGGACGGUGGUCUGGCUAUCGUGGAAACCCAGGUGCCGCUGGUCGUUACUACGGACUUGCGUCUCAAUGAGCCGCGCUACGCCUCGUUGCCGAACAUUAUGAAGGCCAAGAAGAAGAAGAUGACCAAGUACAGCAUUGCCGAUCUCGGUCUUGAGAAGGACGUGGAGCCUCGCCUGGAGACUCUGAAGGUCAGCGAACCUCCGCAGAGGCAGGGUGGUGCUAAGGUCGAGAAUGUUGAUGAGCUGAUUGCCAAGCUCAAGGAGGCUGGCCGUAUCUAA